UAGUAGUCAAAAUGGUAUGGCCAUGGCCACUAAGACUCGAAAUUAAGCUACUCUACUUAAUUACCAAGACCCAAAAUUUGGUCAAAGUCUCCCAACCCCAUUUGUAGAAUCGAGUUGGAGACAGCCUUCCAAGAAAUACUAAGUCAAAAACGAGAAAAUUCCCAUCUAUAUAAGCUUAACAAAUCAAAAUGAACCAGGCAUGACCAGUUCAUCUCACCAACUGUAUACUCAAACUACCAACUCCACAAUAUGCAAUUGACUACCCCUGAGAAACAAACUACAGAAGGUUUAGAUAUUCCGGCGAAGCCCUCUACGGCGGGAGACUCGACGGAGGAGAAUCAGGGUCGUCGAAAGAGUUACAUGUCAUCGUCAUCAUCAUCUCCUAGACCCCGGCCGAGGUGUACAUGUUCAAACCAUCCAGGUUCUGUACCUUGUAGCAGGCAUGGUUACAUGGUGCCUAGGCAGAACAUGAGGAGUUACAGUGCUAACAAGGAGAUAUUGAGGAGGGCAUUAACACCACCAAAUCGUAAGAUGACACUUAGGUGGUGGAACUUCAGACCAACGCCAAGCCGGCUUUCUAACAUGUCUAUGGCAUAAGGGUCAGAAGCUUUCUUUCUUUUAUACCAGUUCUGACGGCAGGAAAUUUUUCUGAUCUUUGGAAGAAUAUAGAGAGUAUGUAAAUGAUUUAAUUGGAGGGUUAAACUUUUGGGUGAUACUGUAUAUCUUGUAAUGGAAUUUUGAGCCGUUUUUGUUGGUA